UAGUUGGCGGCAAAAUAUGCCUACCCUCCUUUUCAAUUGUCGGUACAAAGCCUGCUUCCACCAAAGAUGUUGAUAUUGAAGACUGUCAGGAAACUAACUACUCAUGAGUUUUAUGAUUCAGCAAAAUUGAUCGAGGAAGACCCAUUUCAUGCCCUUGAGACGCUUCUUACUGGAGUGCAAAGUUUCUCCAUUAGAACAUUACUUCAAGAAUUGAAGACUUUGAUGGACUCAUCAUCAGACCUUGACCAUCUUGUAUCUAACCAAGAGUCCAAAUUAAAAUUGAUUUUUCUUUUCCAUGCACUGAAUCAGCAUCAACGACUCUUACCUUCGAAUGUGAAGGAGUUUGUUGAGAAAGUGCAGAAUUUCUUCAAUGACAACAUUAUCAGACAUGCCACUUCUCAACAAGUAUUCAGGAAGCACAACCAACUUCUUGAUUCGAAAAAUGAUCUCAUGAACAAGCUUUGGGAUGCAAAGAGUACACAAACCCAUAUUGACAGUGAAUCUUCAACUGCCAUUGCUCGGAUACAUGAACUCUCAUUACAAAUUGAUGAUCUUGUGAAACAAAGAGAUGAUUUGAAGUCCGUAGUAAACAAAUGUGUUGUUCAGAAGGUGAAAUAUUGAAGGUUGAAUGCAUUGAAUGGGCACAGCAAAGUAAAGAGUUACUUUCUGCACUUGCAUCAACAGAGAUCGAUGUGAUAGAAGCUGAACGUACGAGGAAUUUGGAAACAGAAGGCUUUGCUAAUUUAAAAUCUUCAUUUCCUACAAUUUAGGAAGAACUAGAUAUAUACCCGCAUACAAAAAUAAGUUGGGGCGUCCUAAUUAUCGUUUUUGUUAAUGCCGUUUUUUUUGUAGGCUUAGUGUUUCGCUGUUUUUUCCUUCACUUGAUUUUAGGUAAGGUUUUUAAUGAGGCAGUUGUAUGACACUGUUAUUCCCUUGUGUAUUGAUUG